GGUUGUCUUGUAAGCUACCAAAAAACAGAAAGAACCGUUAGAAUAGGUGGAUUUCUUGGCUGAUUCUCACCAAUUUGAGUCAUUUGGUCCGGAUUUGAACAAGUCUCGAUGCUUAUGGUUUGUUUUGUCUGAACUUUUGACUGGGAAAAGAGUGGUAAACAUCGGUUAGUUUAACAAGCACAUAUAAGCAACUGUAAAGGUCAACGUCAGUCUGCCAACUCUGCCAUGGCCCACUUGUAAACGGGCAUAAUAUAGAUUGGAAGGGAAGACGCUCCAAAGGAUAGGAGAGAAAAAAAAAACAGCUGCUCUGUUAAGGAUUAGGAGGAGGACAAAAUCAAGACAUUGAUAGGCACUGAGGAUUGGGAACAGAAGCGUAAGGGGAGGGGGAAGUGAAGGGACACUAUCAAUUUGGUUUUGGGUGUUUUUUGUUAUUGAAUCCAUUUACUUCCCUUCCUCCCCUCCCCUGGUAUAAGGCACUAUCAAGGCAGGAAUAACAGAGGUUCUCUGAGGAGAGUGAUGCAACGGAAUGGGGAAGAAGGGAAAUUGGUUUAGUGGAUUGAAAAAAGCAUUCUCUUCAAGUUCAAAAGAGAAAUCAGAUUCACCUCCAAAGGAGAAGCGCAAAUGGGGUUUUGGAAAGCAUAAGCACAAGGACCCUCCUGCUCUCGCAGCUCCACCACCAAAGGAAAAGGAAACAACACCCUCUUUGGACAAAACAUUGGCUGAGGCAGAAGAGGAGCAAAACAAACAUGCAUUAGCUGUAGCAGUUGCAACAGCUGCUGCUGCAGAGGCUGCUGUAGCAGCUGCUCAGGCUGCAGCUGAAAUUGUUCGUCUCACAGAUGUAGCCCGCUCACGUUAUGCAGGCAAAUCCAAAGAAGAAUGUGCAGCAAUCAAAAUUCAAACGGCUUUUAGGGCAUAUUUGGCCCGGAGAGCCUUACGUGCAUUAAAGGGUUUAGUCAGAUUGCAAGCAUUGGUACGUGGGCAGACUGUCAGACGCCAAGCAACAAACACACUACGAUGCAUGCAAGCUCUUGUGAGAGUCCAAUCACAGGUCCGUGCAAGAAGGCUCCGAAUGUCCGAGGAGAAUCGAGCUCUUCAGCGUCAGCUCAUGCAGAAACAUGCAAAGGAACUCGAGGAAAUGAGAGCAAGUAUGGAAGCGAAGGAUUGGGAUGACAGCUUACAAUCCAAGGAGGAAAUUGAGGCUAGUUUACAAAGCAAGCAAGAGGCAGCUUUGAAGCGAGAGAGGGCAUUGGCAUAUGCAUUUUCUCAUCAGUCAUUGAAAAAUACAACAAGAUCUGCUCAUCCAAUGUUGAUGGAAAUUGAUCCAAACAAGCCAAGUUGGGGUUGGAGCUGGCUAGAACGUUGGAUGGCAGCCCGUCCAUGGGAGAAGGAAGCCCCUGAAGGUUCAUUGAAGAGUCUGGACCAAAGCAUAGGUGAUGCUGGAAGACAAGGUGCAAUUACAGGAACAGGAGUAGUUAAUCCCAAUGCAGAAACACCUAGCCGUACAACUUUAAGGGCAGUUCAGAAACCUUCUAAGCCCACUGGAUCCCAGUCUCCAUUUACUCCUACUUCAAAACCUUUGCCAAAUAGGAUAAGGAACUCCAGUCCUCGCAGUAGUCAGACAGCAGAGGAUGACCUGAGGAGUAUCACUAGCUUGAGGUCUGAGAAGCCAAGAUAUUAUUCACGCUAUAGUUUAGGGGGUUCUUCUAUUAGAGAUGAUGAAAGCCUUGCCAGCUCUCCUGCUGUACCAAACUAUAUGGCUCCCACAGAGUCUGCCAAAGCAAAGGCGAGAUCAAACAGCACACCAAAGCAGAGGCCUGGAUCUUCUGACAAGGAUUCCAUCGCAUCUGCAAAGAAAAGGCUUUCUUUUCCUUUAACAGAGUCUGAAAGGGGCCAAACGAAGCCUGGCAAAAACCAUGCAUUCUCACAUUUAAAUCCUAGUUCAAGGGGACUUUCUGUACCUUUGAAAUCAGACAGGUCCAUUAGUUCGAUGAAAGAUCUUAGCAUGGACUCAGAUCGCUCCUUGGUGAAUGGGGAUGGAAGAAAGCUGGUGAGAUGAGGAUCUGGGAGAGCAUUUCAUCUGUUCUUUGUGGAGGUUCCCUGGUGCUGCUAUAUAGCUCAGGAAAUUCCCAGCCUUAUAGCUGCAGGCUGUAGCGGCCAAGACAUGGGACCUCAAGUCCUGAAGAGUCAUUUUUCAAGUACAUUGUGGUGAGACUAGAGGUAUUGACUGUUGGAGAAAAAGUUUGAUUGUCUAAUUAAAUUGUCUCAGAUCAAGUUACAGAAUAGCUUGAGGGGCAGGUUCUUUUAAUUUGGGUUUAUUUUUAACUGAGAUUGUUGGAGUUUGGUGAGUAUGUAUUCACAAGGUUACAAAACAGUUGUGUGGGUUUCUUGUGUAAAAUACCAUGACAAAGCUUGGUUUAUUUUGAGUGUUAUUAUUCAUGUAUUCUGAGAGAUUCAGAUUUAGAUAAAACUGGAUACUAAUGGGGUUUACCUUUUACAUUUUGAGAGAUAGCAUUGAUCUUUUCAUGAA